ACGCAGAAAAUAUUCCCCCAUUAGAGACAGAGACAGAGAGAGGGAGAGAAAGAAAGAGAGAAAGAGAGAAGCUAAGUCUAUUGAGCCGUAUCGAGGUUAUAUGUGAUAAAUAUUCACAGAAACGAGGACUCGGAGUGUUUGUUGAUUGGUCGCGUCGAUUAAAGCUACUCUGAUCCAGAGGAGGAGGUUUUUAAUCUCCGCUUUUUGUCUUUGUAAAUCGGUUCAAACAGGAGGGGGAUGAGGCUGCAGUCGGACUCGAGAUCAUCUCUGGAUUUUAUGUCGCUUUUAUCUGAACAAAGCUGCAGUUUUUUAAUGAGUUUUCCUAUAAAAGUGCAUGCAGAGAGUAGAGAAUGUCCGCUUCGACCGUUAAAUUGUGAAGCCCAGUAAACUGCUUUCCGAUCAAAGAGGCGACAUUGUAACCGUUUAACUGCUGCAGUUUACAUUGUAGCCUUACGGAUCAAACCGAGCGACUUCCAGUUAACAUUCAAUCGACUUUAUUAGCCUGUUUUUACUCCAUUUCAAAGAACUUGGUCGAAAAGAAAUUCAAGCUAUGAAGCUGUUGGAGAACUCGAGCUUUGAGGCGCUCAGCUCUCGCCUGUGUGUGGAAACCGGAGACUCGCACAUCCUUGGCAGGAUCGAGAGCUACUCGUGCAAGAUGGCUGGUGAUGACAAGCACAUGUUUAAGCAGUUCUGCCAGGAGGGGGAGCCACAUGUGCUGGAGGCUCUUUCACCUCCACAGACCAGCAGCGCCCCGAGUCCUAACCUUUUGGGAAAGAGUGGUGAUGAAGUGGAGAACCCUCUGAGCGAUAAGUGUUGCAGGAAGACUCUGUUCUACCUCAUCACCACACUGAACGAAUCGUUCCGUCCCGAUUACGAUUUCACCGCCGCCCGAGCCCACGAGUUCAGCCGCGAGCCGAGCUUCAACUGGGUGGCCAAUGCUGUGAACAGCAGCCUCUACUCGUCUGUAGGAGAGGAGUUUAACACACUCGGUCCUGAGCUGUGGAACGCCAUCGACCAGGAAAUCAACCUGCAGAGCUGUGACAUUUACAGCUAUAACCCGGAUCUAGAUUCUGACCCUUUCGGUGAGGAGGGCAAUCUCUGGUCCUUCAACUACUUCUUCUACAACAAGAAACUCAAACGCAUCGUUUUCUUCACCUGUCGCUCUGUCAGCGUCCUCAGUAGCUACGGUCGCUGUUGCCUUGACAAUGAGCUGGACAUGGAGCUGGAUGACGACGAAGAAGAAGUGGAUGGCUUCAAUGAGGACAGGUUCCCCCGAGCUCUGUGUGUGUAAAUCCAGCUGGAUUAUCGGCUAACAAGAUGUCACCUUUUCUCUUCUCAUUUCUGGAAUCUUUCCUGGAGCUUGACAAACUGAUGGAUUGCAUUUAAUCUGGGCUCUAUAGCCGUUUAAAGAUCAGAUAUUACAAAAUAGAGUAAUUGUUGUCAGAUUGUGUGUGUGUGUGUGUGUGUGUGUGUGUGUGUGUGUGUGUGUGUGUGUGUGUGUGUGUGUGUGUGUGUGUGUGUGUGUGUGUGUGUGUGUGUGUGUGUGUGUGUGUGUGUGUAAGGCUCUUUGGACAGUGAGGCCCCCUUGUGGACGUUCUGUAAAUGUCGAGGAGGUUUAAUACAAUAUGGCUGUUCGGCCAAAACUCCUCAUGAGCCUGAAACUCUUUACUCUUCUCUUCAUAUCUGACUUUUAAAUUUUCCCCAGGAAAUGAUGUCAGUACAUUUAACUUGUCCUACAUACACCAGCAAUUAAGAUGGGAGGGGCUAGUCAUAGUUGCCUAAUGACCUCUGUCCAGUCACAUGUGAAUAAUAAAGCCUGUGAUUUUGUGUAUUUUCAGUUCAGCAUUUUAACUGAUUUUUCGGAUCUGUCUGUCUUUAUAUUUUUGUGUUCACAUUGUGUUUUUAUAUUUUAACUGUGGUUUUGUUUUUUUAAUUCAAAGAUUUUACCAAAAUGGCUUUUAUCGCACUGAAAGAAAUGUGCCCGGUUUGUGAAUGUUUGAGGCCCACAGGAGUUUGGACUGUCUCUUCGAAAUCAAGGGCAUCCUUUAUAAAAACUUUUGUACAUAAUCAGAUUUGAUUCUGACUUUCAUGGAUUGACUUUGCAUUAAAGGCGACAUUCAAGUUACUUAUGAAACCUGAAACUGAUUUCUGAAAUGUUAAGGAAAAGUUUCUUUUAUGUACGCAAACUGAAAUAAACCUAGUGUGUAUGAA